UCGAACUCUUCACCUCACAAUCUCGGCGUUUACCUCCCGCACAUAUUCUCCGGGCAAAGUCGACGGAUCCCCAUCGCGAGUGCCCGCACCCAACCCACAAGGCAAGCUGCGGCUGCUACGUAGGUAUUUUUUUUUUUGAUGUCGCUACGUAGGUAGUAUUUAUUGCCUUGCCAGCUCUCUCAGGGCCCCCUACAAAAAAGUGGCCUAUACACCCCCACCACCAACAUUAACAUCCCCGCGCUUCACCACAUUCGCAUACCAUACCUGAGGCGCCCGCGACGACAGCCUGCACCGUGACCAUCCGAGGAACUAUGCUAAGCAAUACGAGGCACUCUGCGCGCCUGACCUCGUCCGCUACUUUACCAUGAGGAUUUUGCGCCCCCGCGUCGUCGCGCCCGUCGGGGCCGCAUCCCGCCAACUGUGCCACCAAUUUUCAUCCUCACCCCUCCGAGCGCCCCUCGCGCGAACAGCCUCCGUGUCAACCACCACUACCGUCCCUUUCACUCUAGCAAGCAGUGCCGCGCGAUGCCGACGGCGAGGGAGCGCCGCCGCCGACCGGGUUCUCGGCCCGCUCACGUCCUCGCGACCUCUCAGCGUCGGCCACGAAGCGCCGAAGCAGCCACCAACGUUCGCUUUCGCCUUUGACAUCGACGGCGUACUGAUGCACGUCGCGAAGCCGAUCCCGGGCGCGGCCCGCACGCUCGCGUACCUGCAGCAGCAGCGGAUCCCCUUCAUCCUGCUGACCAACGGCGGCGGCAAGCACGAGACGGAGCGCGUCGCCGACCUGAGCGCGCGCCUCGGCGUGACGCUGACCACGGAGAACUUCGUGCAGUCGCACACGCCCUUCCGGGAGCUCGUCGACAGCCCCGGCGAGGGCCUGCGCGACCGCAACGUGCUCGUGACGGGGUCGGACGCGGCGCGGUGCCGCGCCAUCGCCGAGCAGUACGGGUUCCGGCGCGUCGUCAUCCCGGCCGACAUCCUGGCGGCGCACCCGGACAUCUUUCCGUUCGACCCGCUGAUGCGGGAGCGGUACGCGGCGACGGCGCGGGCGCUGCCGCCGCCGCUGCCCGAGGACGUCGGCGCGGCCGGCGGCGGCAGCAGCGGCGGCGGCCACCCGCUGCGCAUCGACGCCAUCCUCGUCUUCGACGACCCGCGCGACUGGGCGCUCGACAUCCAGCUCAUCACGGACCUGCUCGCGUCGCGCGGCGGCGUGCUGGGCACGUACUCGCGCCGCAACGGCCGCCCGGACCUGCCGGGCCGCGGCUGGCAGGCCGACGGCCAGCCGGCGCUGUACUUCAGCAACCCGGACCUGCACUGGAGCGCCGGGUACCGGCACCCGCGGCUCGGCCAGGGCGCGUUCCAGGCGGCGCUGGCGGGCGUGUGGCACGAGCUGACGGGGGGCCAGGCGGCGCUGCGGCGGACGGUGAUCGGCAAGCCGCACGGGCGGACGUACGGGUUCGCGGAGCGCGUGCUGCGCGCGCACCGGGAGACGCUGUGGGCGUCGGCGGGGGCGGGGGAGCAGAAGCUGCCGCCGCUGCGGCGCGUCUACAUGGUGGGGGACAACCCGGCGAGCGACGUGCGCGGCGCGAACGAGUACGCGAGCCCGCACGGCACGCCCUGGACCUCGAUCCUGGUGCGGACCGGCGUGUGGGACCCGGACCGCGCCGGCGCCCCCGCGCACCAGCCCGGCCGCAUCGCGGACGACGUCGCGGCGGCGGUGGCGUGGGCGCUCGAGCGCGAGGGCUGGCCCGCGGCCGGCGGCGCGGGGUUCGACGCGCUGGCGGCGAGGGAGGGCUGAGGGGGCGAGAGGGAAAAAGAGUCUGUACGUUUACGCGGACCGGGUAGGUAAUAUACCUAAGUAGGUGUCUAGUAGGUAGCUGAAUCGAACCCAGCUCCUUUCGCGCUCUUACCUACGUGCCAGCUUAGGGGUUAGCAGCACCCUAGCAUCCCGUCUCGGUGCGUAGGCGCGGCAGCCGGCGCCGCUGUAGAUCCGCGCGUGCGUAUUCUCGGGCGGGCUGCCUGCCCCGCGACGUUUCCGUCGGCGGGCAUGUAGGUAGGUAAGUAGGUAUGUGUAGUGCUGUCGCAUCCGGCGGCGAGACGGCAAGACGGGUCGGCGGUGGCGCGCGAUGCCGACGCUCCUGUCAAGAGGGCGUGUGACGGGGCACUCGUCUGGGCCGUGGAACGGGCUGAGGCUGGGGUGGUAUUCGGGACGCAGCGCUGGCCGCCUCGCGUCGACCCCCCG